AGUUCGGCGAUAGUACGACGUGCAUCAAUACCCACACAAACACACACGUACACACGUUAGUAUCGUAAGAGCACCACCGGCCAUUCAGCCGCCUCGUCUUGGUUGCUCCCCCGCGCAAAACACCGACUCGACCCAAACCAAGCUAAAGCAAGCGUGUUUUUUUCUUUUCUUCUUAAUCUUUCUCCUCUAUUUUCUCCGCCGCACUUUCUGUUCCUGUUCAUUAUCAUCAUCAUCGCUACCUCCCCGUCAUGAAGCCCGUCACCGCACGCGCGUCCGGCUGUGCUGGUGCGCGGCAUCGCUGUCUUCGUGUCCUCUGUGCACUGCUUCUACUCUUCGCUGCCGUCCCACCGCGUGACAGCGGUGGCCGCAACGGACGGCAGAGUUUUCUUUUCGUAGACGUCGCGGUGGCGGCGGGAGCGGCAGGGGCCUUGCCAUCAUCGCCUCCCAUCAUCGAAGCGGAGCUCAUCGCGAUUGACCUCGGCCACGAGAACAUGAAGAUCAGCGCCUGGCGCGUCCAGGAAGAGGAGGUGCAGGUGGUGAAGCCAGGCGGCACAGGGACGGCGGUGACGACCACCACCGCCACUACAGGCGUCGUUUCGAUGGUGUUGAACGACCAGACAAACCGCAAAAGUCCUCCCUGCGUGGCCUUCCGCUACUUCAAAGCCUCCGCCGGGUCUGCGGCGAACGACGGCAGCAACAUCAUCACCAACGCGGAAGAGGCGAAGGCGGACGCCGCGGUCGAGGGCAAUCUGCUGUACCCUGCUGACUACCAGCUCGAGCGUACGUUUGCCGAGCAAGCACAGGCACUCGCCCCGCGCUUCCCCACGCAGGUCAUCUGUGACCCGGCCCAGCUGCUCGGCUACACCCUCUUCAACGCCACCUCUACCGCAAACGGAUCAGAACCAGCAGCAGCAGCUUCACCGUAUCAAAUCUCGGCGGAUGAGCUGACCGCAACCUAUAGCUUCCACGUCAAGCCGAUCAGCCAGCAGCAACAACAGUGGCGGCAGCGGCGGCAGGCCUUAGGUGUAUUUGUGCCGUUCUUCAGCAGCCCCAACAACCCCAUCGACUCCGCCGACGCCGGCUCCUUCUUCUCCGCCGAGGAGCUGACGGCGAUGUUGUUCGGCUACGCGCGGCGAAUGGCUGAGAAGGCCGAUGCAGCGGACAACGCGCUGAGCGAAGACGAGGAGCGUCAGCUGAUAGACUUGCUCAACAACACAGCAGCUCGUGGUGACCGUGAUAGCGCACCACUGCGUGGGCACGCCGUCCCGCGCUACGCCGCGCUUACCGUCCCCAUUCACUCCACCGUGGCGCAGCGGCAGGCGCUGGUCGAUGCGGCGGCCCUCGUUGGGCUUCGCGUCGUGCGCCUCGUUCACAGCACCACCGGCGCCGCGGUGCAACUUGCAUACAUGAAAGCGGAGCAGGUCUUCGUGCCCGGCACGACGCAGUACGUCAUGCUCUACGACAUGGGCAGUCAGCAGGCGGAGGUGGCCGUCUACAGCUACGCGGCCGUGCCGUCCGCCGUGGCGCAGCGCGUGAAGUACGCCGGCGCCAUCGAGCUGAAAGCGCUGGUGGGGAGUCGGCAGCUGGGCGGGGCGGCGUUUGAUACGUGCAUUGCAGCGCAGUGGGACGCGCUCUACUUCGCGAACUCCAUCCUCGCUGGUGUUGGCCGCGCCAGGACGGAGGCGGAGCGGCGAGCCGCAGCAAAGCAGCGCGGCAGCCUCCUGCGUGCCGCGCACAAGGCGAAGGAAAUGCUGUCGGUGAACCAGGAAGCGCACAUCACGCUGGAUGGCGUGCACGCCGAUCCCGCGCGCUUUAGUGAAGCGGCACGGACGCAACUGCAGCGGCAACCGCGUGUCGCGGCGGUGACCCCUGAUGGCGUGCUCACGCUGCGCUACACCCGACGCGCGUUUGAGCAGGAGUGCGCGGCGCUCUUUGACGCGGCGGUGGCGCUACGAGACGAGGCGAUCGCCGCGACGGCCGGACUUGUCGGCACUGUCGGGGCGCUGGCUCGAUUCGAGGUGAUUGGCGGUGGCACGCGCGUUCCACUGCUGCUGCAGCGACUGAGCGAGGGCUACCGCGACGGCGGCAGCCUGGUCGACCGCACGCUGAACAGUGAUGAGGCGGCGGUGCUGGGCACGACGCUGUUGUCCAUCGCGACGGCCCCACACGCGCUGCAGCUGCGGGGGGCGUCAUCAGUACCGCGCUAUCGGGUGCGGGAGUGGCUGACGAGCGCCGUGUACGUGUCCAUUUCCUCCCACAACGUAAAGGCAAAGAAGACCGACGGCACGGAUGAUGAGGAUGGCCAGCCGGGUCGUGCUCCGAAGGCUGUCACGUCGUCCACGGCAGGCGACGACACGGCGCACCUGCGCCUGCUGUUCCCUGCCGUCAAGACGAUCGUGCCGACGACCCGCAGCGUGCGAGUGCAGCUCGCCACGGACGGUGCAGACAGCGCCGAAGACAACGGCGCAAAUAGGACAAGUGACCAACAGCACGGCGACGUCGUCCAUCACAAGCAGAAAAUGACGUCAUCGGCGCCGGCGGUUGGUGACAGCGUGACCGUCACCUUGUACUCUGGGUUAGCGGUGGACGAGGCGUACCGCGAAGGGGUGCGGGCCGCGUCUGCGCAGGUGCCAGACAGCCACGGUGGUAACAACAGCACGUCCGUGGACCCGGCAGACCGCGUCGUGGCCGUCCCGGCAGCGGCGGGCUGCCCCAGCUGCUACGUCCGCACCUACGUUGUUGACGGAAUUACAGACGCAAAGGAAGUGUUGAAGGCGCAGGUGGAGCGUCAGCACUCUGCUGGUCGUGGUCAUGGUGGCGGCGGCGGCGUCAUCGUCGAGCUGGACAGCGCGGAGGUCGUGGUGGAGGCGGCGGCCACGGUCAGCGGUAUUCCACACUGCACGGUCGCCUACCUCCGGGCGGUGUAUCGGGUAACGCCGGUCAACUCCACCGCAGCCACUCUCCCAACGGCAGAAGGGAUGCACAGUUCUCGUCCAGAAGGUGUGGAGGCGGGUACAAGCGAAGCAGCCCAUCAAGGCGAGACACACGAAGGCGGCGGCGCCGCAGCAGCGGAAGAGACGUCGGUGGACGAGGAGGAGGAGCAGGCCGGUGCGCACGCCGAGCCGGCCACCACCACCGCCGCUGCCGCCGCCACGACCACGUCAGAUGUUUUCGAAGUGAAGGUAUCGGCCCUGCCCAUACGGCGCGUCACACCUUCCCGCGACGACGUUUCCACGACGGCCACCACCACCGCGGUGAUGCUGAGCCUUCGUUGCCGUUGCGCUACAACAUGGACCGCGCGGAGCUGCUGCGCUCACACGGACGGGUGCAGCGGCUGCAGCGGAUGGACGACGUUCGCCUGCAACGCAGUACGCUGCGCAACGACAUCGAAAGUGCGGUUAUCUGGGUAA